AUGCCUCCAGAAUUUGUUAGUGACCAUGAGAGGCAUGUUGACAUUGAACCGGUUGUGCCCACCUUUGAGGACAGGACGGGUUGCUCACCGAAGGUUGUCCUUGGCCUUCCUGCUACCAUUACUGACACUGUGCAGACUGUCGGCAAGCUGCUGGCAAUGCUGCCUCCUACUCCUCCUAGCCUAGGCACAUCCGGCACAGUUUUCGGCACCUCUCCACAGCUUCCAGCAGUACUGCCUUGA